AUGAACAAGACAAGAUUGAACAAGGGCAUGGUAUUGUCCAUUGUGGUCAUGAUUCUUGUAUUGAACCAUCUUUCCGUCACGAAAGCUCUUCAUUUGGGAAUUCAUUCGACAUCUUCAACCACUUCCUCUGAGUUGAAUCAAGAAGCCAUCAAGAUGGAGGAAAUUCCAACUCGGUUCGCUCAACUCUAUGCUCCUUCUUCUCCCAAGCAUGUGAAUUCAGACCAUGCUACCAUUUUAAAAGUUGAAGAAACAGAACAAUCAGGAUAUGUUUACCUCUCUCAAGGACAAACCUAUUCUGGAGUUUUAACACCAAGUGAUAAUGUUCGGUACUUUAGAUUAAGUGUUCCUUCUGAAUCGUAUGGAGACAUUUCCAUCUACUCCAAUAAUAUCUAUUCGGGAUCUAUUUAUUUCUCAUUCGAUACUCCACCCACGACCACUUAUUAUGAUUAUUACACAACAUUUGGUUCCAGCACUCAAUACAUUAGAAUUGUCAAUACUUUAAUACUUUGA